AGUAGUACUACAUGCGGCCUGAGUGGCGAGGUUGAUGUUUUUGAGAGCGCAGAAGUUUGAGUCAAAGAUAGCUCAAACUUAACACAGAAGAAAAAAAAACAGAUAGAAAUGGAGGAAGGGGCUGCAGGAGCUGCAAGGGCUGAGCCGGGAGACAGCGAGCAGGACGAGGAAGAGGAUGUGUACGAAGUGGAGAAGAUUAUUGACAUGCGUGUGGAGGAGGGGGAGGUUCUGUACCGCGUCCGCUGGAAGUACUACACAUCGGACGAUGACACCUGGGAGCCGGAGGCUAACCUGGAGGACUGCAAGGAGGUGGUGCUGGCCUUCAGGAGGAAGCUGGCCGACAGCAAGACCAGCAGAGAGGCAGCUGUGGUGGAAGAAGCACAGGAGGUAAGUGCGGGUCCAGUGCAGGAGUGUCAGCUGGCAGUGACGCCCAGCGGGAUUGUGGGAACCCGAGAGGAGGAAGAGCAGAUGGACCUGACAGCCAGUGGGUUGCAGAGGGACCCAUCCCCCAGGAGGCUGCCUGUGCAGAGCGACCUGUUUGGCGCUGAGCGCGAUGGUGACGAGAAAGACGCGUCUUCACCUAAAAAGAAGAAGAAAAAGGAUUCGAUGGAACACUCUGAGGACUUUUCACCAGACAUGCAUAAGAAAGAAAAGAAGAAGAAGGAAAUAAAGUGGAAGGAGGAGAGGGUAUUGCCAGCACUGCAAUCUGACAGGACUGAGAUGGAGGAUGAGGCCAGCCAGCCCGCCCCGGUCCCGCCCCCACCCAGCAGCCAGAGGACCUCCAUGCCGAAGAGGGCCUGUGACUCCGAGGGUGACGAGGAGCCCUUCAUGUCCCCUAAGAAACACAAGAGAGACAAGCCCAAAGACGGGGAGAAGGCGAGAAAAGAGAAACCCAAAGGCGGAGAGAAGCCGAGAAAAGAGAAGCUGAAAGACGGGGGGAAGCAGAAGAAGGGGAGCGGGGAGAAGAAGAGGAAGGGUCGCUGGAACGCGCUGGACUCCUCUGAGGAGGAUGAGUGGGCCGUGGUGGAGGCUCCGGGGGCGCGGGCGGACUCGACGGAGAAGAGCGCGGUGAGACCGGCGGCGAAGCCCCACCACACGCGGAGGGAGGAGGCGGCGACCUCCAAGGCCAAGCCGAGGCAGGGCGUGGGGGGGCUGAAGCUGCAGGGCAUCCGAGACCUCAUCCAGGAGAGGAGGGGCAGGAAGCCCCCGGCCCCUCAGAAGGAGAGCGCGCAUCAGAGGCUGAAGAAUCUGAUCAGUGGUAUAAGCCACAGCAAGGCCCCGCGCAGCAGCACGGAGGACGACACCACCCUCCUCUCCGACACCACCCUCCUCUCCUCCGACUCCAGCGACGUCGUCGUCGUGAGCAAGAGGAAGACUAAGGGCAAAGAGCAGGAGGCCGUCGCCCAAAGUGCGGCGUCGUCUCCCCCCUCUUCCUCUGCUGCUGUCGGACCCAAGAAGGAUGAAGCUAAACCGGAUGCUGGUUCGGCCUCAGGCCUGGGCGCAAAGGGCAAAAAUGCGUCUUCCUGCUCGUGGUCAGUGAAGCAAGGGGACAGUGCGGAGAAGGACCACUCUACGUCAGGCAACCUGUUCGAGAAGUUCCUGCUGAACCGCGAGGCCAAGGACAAGGUGUCAAGGAGACAGAGCGCAAACAAGGCGGUCCCAGAGAAUCGAGUCGAACAGGCCAAGACUACGGCACCAAAGAAUGCGGGCAAGGCUGAGAAAAAGCUGAAACCUUCAAAGAAGUCGGUGGUCCAGAAUCUGGAGCCCAACAGGACGGAGAAGGCCAAGAGGGAUCCCAAGACCCCAGAGGCUUCCUGGUCGGCACAGAGCCCCACCUCCCUGGAGGCAGGAGAGAAGCAGGAAAGGAGAGAAAGGAGUGACAGCCAGGCUGUGAGACGUCAGAAAAGUGACAGCCUGACGGAAAGAAGGGAGAAUACGGAUAAUCAGAUGAAGCAGGAGAAGCCAGAGGAGUUUCCAGUAUCCAGAGUGACAGGAGAUCCCAUGGAGAACCCGGGGGAGUCUCAAGAGUGCGAGGAGAAAGCGGAGCAUCAGCGAGAGAAGGGGGAGGGACAGGGAGAGAGGAGGGAGAGGCCGGAGGAGAGCGGCGGAGGCCAGGAGAGGGGGGCGAAGCCAGCGGAAGCAGCAUCUCCAGAGCUGGCAGAAGACGCGCUGGCUGGUGUGAGGAUGAGAGAGAGGAGGAGGAAACGAGGGGACAGCGAGCCGCGCCUGUACAUGGCAUGCGACGACAAUCAGGACUCUCAGGACACAUUGGGGCCCCCUGACAAGCCAGACAGGGGCCCGGCUUCGCCGAGCUACGGGGUGGAUCUCGAGCUGGACUGGAUGUCAAUGGAGGACUUCCAGAGACAUUUGAAUGGAGACGACGAGAUUUACUCAGCUGCUACCUUAACUGCAGACGAACUUCGGGAUGCAGUGAAAAGUGGAGACUACUUGGCAGUAAAGUUUGCACUCAAUUCCAAAGAAGACUACAAUCUGGAACAGGAGCACUCCAGCGGGAUGUCCCUGGCCAUGCUGGCGGCGGCAGGGGGGCAGGACGAUAUCCUGCGGCUUCUGAUCAAGAAGGGCGCCAAGGUGAACAGCCGGCAGAAGAACGGCAUGACGGCGCUCAUGCACGCUGCCGAGAAGAACUUCCUGACCACGGUGGCCAUUCUCCUGGAGGCGGGGGCCUACAUUAAUACGCAGACGCUGAGCGGUGAGACGGCUCUCAUGAGGGCUUGCAAGAGAGGAAACGCAGAAGUAGUGCGCCUCCUACUGGAGCACGGGGCGGACUGCAACAUCCUGUCCAAGUACCAGAACAACGCCCUGCACUUCGCUAAGCUCAGCAACAAUGUAAUCGUCUAUGACUAUGUCAAGGACCAUGUAAAUAUGUUGUCGAGUGUAGCGGAGGAGACGAUCCGGGCGUACUUUGAGACCCGGCUGGCCCUGCUGGAGCCCGUUUUCCCCUUGGCCUGCCAUAGGCUCUGUGAGGGGCCCGAUUUUUCCCUGGAGUUCAACUACAAACCACCCCAGCACAGCCCUGUCGAGGGCACGGGGAUCCUCCUCUUCAUCUUCCAUGCCAACUUCCUGAGUGAAGUCACAGCCCGGUUGUGCGGGCCCUGCAGCGUCCAUGCUGUGGUCCUCAAUGACAAGUUCCAGCUGCCCAUCUUCCUGGACAGCCACUUCAUUUACUCGUUCAGCCCCGUACAAGGUACCAAUAAGGUGUUCAUACGACUGGCGGAGUCCCCCACUGCGAAGGUCAAGCUGCUGAUCUGUGCAUAUAGGGUGCAACUGCAAUGAUGCACAGCCUCCAGGUUAAACGUUACAUGCAGACCUGCCAAGGCACAGGCCACACAUCCUCUAGGAGAUGUUCUGCCAAAGACUAUCAACAAAUCGCAGGGCUGUUUUUUCAAUGUGAGCCCGCACCCAGAUUGAGUGAGACGCGAUGGUGUAACAGGAGUGCAGUUUUGGAACUGAGCUCAUUUUGUAGAGAACACCUUUGCAAAAUGUGUUGUAUAAUGAAAUUCAUGUUCUGUAUCUUUGUGAAAUGUUUGUCCAAAGCUGCCUCUCACCACAGACGAACACUAACUCCAAUCUAGGUCUCCCUUGAUUCAAUGUGCACUAGUAGGAAAAAUCUAAAAGGGAGUAACCAAUCUUCUAAGAGCAAUUGCCUUUUCUUAUUUAUUACUUUACAGUGACUUCCUAUGGUCCUCAUGCUAUUCUCACACUCCUACUCAGUCUGGCAGGAGCUGGCAGGUUAAGUGUGGACUGUCACAAGGGCCUGUGUGCCACAUCAGGGCAGGGGAAAUCUCUGGACCAAAUGAACU